AUGGUAGGGAUACAUGGUGGAGGCUUUCAAAUGGGCUCUGGUUCUGAGGCACUGUACGAUGGCGCAAACUUGGCAGCGAAAGAAGGCGUGAUGGUGGUAACGUUGAAUUACCGCCUGGGUUCGCUCGGCUUUCUCCAGACUGGGCCUGAUGGUCAGGGGGGAAUGAACGGACUGCUUGACCAGAUCCGAGCAUUGGAGUGGGUGAACCGCAGUAUAUCUUCAUUUGGUGGGGACCCCGCCAAGGUAACAUCAUCGGGCGGAUUCGGCCAGUCGGCAGGGAGCAUGUCAAUCUGCAUGCUGUCGGUUUCUCCCCUUGCCAAGGAUCUUUUUCUCAGGGCCAUCCUCGAGAGCGCCGUGUGCAUUAAUGAGCCUACCUAUGGUAUGCCGAAUAGUGCGGAGAAGGGGGAAAAUCUUACUAGGCAGGUUCUUGAGGCCGCAAAGGUCGAGAAUGUUGAAGGCCUGAAAAACAUAUCCGUUGAGGAGGUGUUGAAAGCUAGCGCAGGACUCUACGGAGGGCCUUCGUGGGACUUGUCGGUGCUGCCCGCUUCGCCGGCAGACCUCUACAGCGAUCCCGCGGGGCGUAUCAAUCCCGCCGACAUGAUGAUAGGCUCGAACACGUUUGACGACUCUAUGUUUGUACCGUGCGGAGGUGCAGACUUCUCAUCUGCGUACUUGGGCGGGGCAGCUAAUUACAUGACCGGGUUGAGGGAUGCCAUCUACGUUCCCCCCGUCUACCCGAAUGGUGAAGAAUCGGCCAACGAGGUUUUCGAUGCAUAUUCGCCAGAUGAUGUCUACAACGGGUCUAAUGUUACAGCAUUUAUGCAGCAGCAAGGGGAUUAUCAGCGUAUUUGUUUUGGCAGAGAACUUGCAUCAGCGGCCUCAUCGAAUAUCGGCGGGAAAAUCUACGCUUACAUGUUUGGUCAUAACCCUUCUGCGGUUAGCGAAUUGUGCGAUGAUCCCAUCACAGCCACAUUUCGCGAUGAUCCUACUUGGUCCUUCCAUGGUGCGGAGAUCCCAUUUGUCUUCGGUAAUCCCGUGACGUCCUCUCCUAUCCAUUGGCCCCAGGGUGCCCAACCUGUCGCGCAAUCUGCCGAAGAAGCGGCCCUCCAGAGAGAGAUGAUGGCCCGAUGGGCCAACUUUGCAAGGUCCGGCAAUCCUCAUGCUCCCUCGGGCAACGCUUCCUCCGUGGAGUGGGAGCCGGUUCCGAAGCACUCCAGAGCAGCCCCCGAGCGCGCGGCUGCGGACCCGCCGUACCUGUUCUUCACCGGGGGCGGCAGCAGGUGGAUCUCGUCGAACGAGCACAAGGCGCAGCAGUGCACGCCCAUAGUGCGCGCUGACAGUGCGUGGUCCGGUCGAUGCGGCGGCCGCGGCGAGCAGGGGCGGUCGGGAAGCGGAUCGACCCUCGUGGGCUCGGCGCUGCGGGCUCUUCGGAAGCGGAGCGGGCGGACGCAGGGGCACCUGCGCUCCGUGCGCGGCCUGCAGGGCGAGGGCGAUGCUGCAGCGAUGCUUCAGGUCUCGGGGGCAGCUCCCCGUGCUCCGAGGGGCGCGGGGGACGCUGGUCAGGAGUUGUGA